CCAGUUUACUGCUCCCUGUGUUUGCCAGGUGUGUACAAGAUUCCCAGAGAACAACUGGCUGGCUGGAACCAUUCCAGUAACUUGGCUUUAAGCUGAUAAUUGAAGAAAAUACUUGGCUCUGAAGAGAGGCACGGAGGAAAUUGCUGAUAGAUUUGCACCAAAGAGAGCAGCGCUUGCUGGAGAAAUUGCUGUCUAACAUCCUUUGUGGACUUCCGACCAAAACCAUCCAGUGCAACAUAUGCUAACAUUAGAUGUGCCUGGUGAUGGUGUCCCAGCGUCUACUCCUACUGCAGGGCAGGAGCAGGGAUCCCUCAGUCCUUAGAGCGCUCCAGGUAUCCUGCUUGAUGGCUCAUUUAAGACCAAGAUUUCCUUUGUGGGCCAGGAGUAAAAUCCGAAUUUCCCUCCAAUACAGAGGACAUUCAGAAGGGGAAGCUGACCAGAACCCAGACUCAUCUGGCUACCAUGGGCAUCUCCCACUGCAUCAUUCAGGACCUGAGGCUACUGUUGCACUUCAUUUUCCCCGGAUUCAGGAGCCACAAGAUGUGAAGCACGUGUAGAUCAUUCUCCGUUUCUUCACACACAACAGAAUCACAUGGAAGGGUGACCGCGGGUCAGGAUGGCAACGUCAAACCUGGAGAACCAGCUGCAGAGCGCCCAGAAGAAUCUGUUGUUUCUCCAGCGAGAACAUGCCAACACACUGAAAGGCCUGCACGCGGAGAUCCGGCGCCUGCAGCAGCACUGCACAGAUUUAACCUAUGAGCUGACUGUAAAGAGUUCAGACUUGUCAGGAAAUGGUAGUUCAAGAAGUGACGAACUCAAAAGAAAGUGUGAAGAUCUCGAAGCUCAGCUGAAAGUCAAAGAGGCUGAAAAUAAUGAAUUAUUGAAAGAACUUGAACAAAAGAAUGCGAUGAUAAUGGUGCUGGAAAACACUAUUAAAGAAAGAGAAAAGAAGUAUUUGGAAGAGUUGAAAAUGAAAAGCCAUAAGCUCAAUAUGUUGUCAAGUGAACUAGAGCAGAGAGCGAGCACUAUCGCUUAUUUAACUUCUCAGCUGCACGCUACUAAGAAGAAGCUGAUGAGUUCCAGUGGGACUUCGGAGGGGACCCCUUCUGGCAGUCCCGUCCUGUCCAACUACAAGCCGUCCCCUCCCAAAGAUAAACUGCCGGAGACUCCCCGGCGCAGGAUGAAGAAGAGUCUGUCGACACCACUCAACCCCGAGUUUGAAGAGGCCUACAGAAUAGGAUCGGAGAGCCGGAAGCUGCUGCUGAGGGAGCCUGUGGAUGCCAUGCCUGAUCCCACUCCCUUUCUGCUGGCCAGGGAAACGGCAGAGGUACAUCUCAUUAAGGAGAGGCCGUUAGUUAUCCCACCUAUCGCUUCAGAUCGUGCGUCCGGCGAAUCGCACAGCCCGGCCCGAGAGAAGCCCCACAAGGCGCACAUCGGGGUGGCCCAUCGCAUCCACCACGUCGCCCCGUCCCAGCCGCAGCCAGAGGUGGAAACGCUGGCGGUGGAUCAGGUCCAUGGAAGCAAAGUGGUCAGAAAGCACUCAGGGACAGACAGAACUGUUUGAGUAAAAUCACUGAAAUGCUCUACUCUGUUGCUGUUUAUGCACUGUGAUCCUGUAGGAUAAAUAGCACCUGCAGUAAAGUUUCUUUUGAUGCCCCAUGCAUGCCAAA